GGGCCCAGCAGGCGCUGUGUCCUAGCGCGUUGGCAGUUGGCGACCCCCCUCGACUCCCCCUCUACUGCGAGUUCCCUGUGGCCUUUGGAGGCUCCGCGAGUCGGCUCCAAACAUUUUCCAUAUUUGUUCAGCCUCCGUAAUUCGAAUACCAGGGCAGGCUCAGCCCGCCCAGCGCCGAGCUCUGGGCCCAGCGCGCAGUACAGGCUCCCACCCACGCAGCCGCCAUGGGCAAGGACAAACAGCCCCGCGGCCAGCGGAGGCAGGGGGGGCCGCCGGCCACGGACGCUACCGGGCCCGACGACAUGGGGCCGAAGAAGGGCAAGGGGGCCCCCAAGGAGUGCGGGGAGGAGGAGGCCCGGACUUGCUGCGGUUGCCGGUUCCCGCUGCUGCUCGCCCUGCUGCAGCUGGCCUUGGGCAUCGCUGUGACCGUGGUGGGCUUUCUCAUGGCGAGCAUCAGCUCCUCCCUGCUAGUCAGAGACACUCCAUUUUGGGCUGGGAUCAUUGUCUGCUUAGUGGCCUAUCUCGGUUUGUUUAUGCUUUGUGUCUCGUAUCAAGUUGAUGAAAAGACAUGUAUCCAGUUUGCUAUGAAACUAUUGUACUUUUUGCUGAGUGCCCUCAGCUUGAUGGUCUGUGUGCUGGCCGUGGCGUUUGCUGCCCACCACUAUUCACAGCUCACCCAGGUUACCUGCGGAACCACACUCGACUCCUGCCACUGCAAGCUGCCCUCCUCAGAGCCCCUCAGCAGGACCUUGGUGUACCGGGAUGUGGCUGACUGUACCAGCAUCACGGGCACUUUCAAACUGUUCUUACUCAUCCAGAUGAUUCUUAAUUUGGUCUGUGGCCUUGUGUGCUUGUUGGCCUGCUUUGUGAUGUGGAAACACAGGUAUCAGGUCUUUUAUGUGGGUGACAGGAUGUACUCCCUAACAGCUUGUGAAGGCCAGCAGCAGAAGGUCUAACAUUCUUGCUGAAAGGUGGGAGAGAAAACAGCACACUGACUAGCUGAGAUUAAAAAAAAAAAAAGGAAGGGAAGGAAAAGAGAAGAAAAAGACAAGGAAGAAAAAAAAACGACAAUAAGUAAUUAGUUACUGUUCUAAAUGAAUAUUUUUAUAUUUUUCAAGAAAUGAAACAGCACUUCGUCAUGUUUCUACAGUAUUUUUUACAAAUUCUUAUGAGAAAAAUAAGAUUCAAAUUGACUUUCGGACAUUGAAAGGACACGGCUAGGGAAAGAAUAGCAUAGGUUUAUCUUCACAGUCUAUUCUGCAGUUUAUUCCUAACACUCAUUUUAUCCAUUACUUUUAUAAUCGUUCCUGUUAGUCUAGUUUGAUGGUGUGAAUUGGCAUCUCAGGCCCACUCACUAAAUUUUGUUGAGGCUUUUCCAGGCUCUCCUACCUCCCACCAGGGCAUCCUCACCAGUCUUGGAAGGGGCAGAAAGUGUGGAAAGAGCAGAAUGGCCAGGUUGACUCUCUGUUUUCCCUGGCAGAGAUGUCUUCAAGCCACGAAACAAGUUAAAGGAGCAGAAUAGAAAAGGAAGGGACUUUGCAAAAGACUAAAUAAUUAUGAGCACCCGGACUGGGGCAGCGGCCUUUUCUCCUCGGCUCCCUUGGCCGGGCGCUGAAAGUGGAUCACUUCCUGACUCUCCAGGUGAUUGUCUGCAUCUCAGUAAUUGAAAGUCAGUAGUAGUAGUAUUCUUAAUGAUGUAGAAGGUUAAAAUAAUUACAUUAUGCUUCUGUUCUAUCAUCUAAAACAAAUCAUUAAAACUAAUUUCUAGCUAAUUGUUAAUUAUAAUUAUGCUCAGAAGUCUAUUUAAUGAGCUCUGGUUGUACUUAUGUAGCACAGUCAGUAUUAGGAGACGGUGACUCUCACAGAGAAGAGGCUUAAACAUUGUUUCUUCUGAAAGCAAAGCUUUACAAGGGAGAAAAAAAAUUGUAUUAAUAGCUCAGGUUAAAUAUAUUCAUUCAAACAAAAACCAAGAGCAUUUGUAAUAGGAAUGUUUAUACAAAUAGCACAUUUGUGAUAUGGUGUAAAGUAUUCUCUUGGCAGCUAAAUACUUCUGAGAAAGAUUGGGUGAUGCCAAUGUGUUUCAUUCAUAAAACUGUCUUUGAUAUGCAAUCCUAUUAUUGGUUUGUAUGCACAGUCAACCUAAAACUAAUGUUUUGAGGUUCUUAUCUGAGCAUGUGCACAUUGACUUGGGUAGUUUUUGUUUUCUUUUCUUUCUAAGUAACUGACAUAAAGAAGCACAAGUCCUGAAGGUGGGACUUUUCUCUAUUAUUAGUGCUAUUAUUAAAUUUGGAACAAUAUCGAUGUUUUAAGGAAGGAGCUCAGAAUGCAAAUUCAUGCAGCAUAAGUGUUAUUUAAAACUUUCUCUUUUAGCAUGCUCUGUUGAAAGCAGAAAUUUGAGAUAAUUGAAUUCAAUUUGCCUUUCUACAUUGCUUAUAUAUUUUACUAAUCAUGAAAUUCUAUCUUAAAAAACACUUUCUUGUUUGCCUUAGAAAAUAGAUAAUUCCACUGAUUGUGAUAAGACUGUUGAUUUCUACACAAUGUAAAUACCCAAAUGAAAAGAAAAACGUUAAAUCAGUUAGUUGGAGGGUUGUAUAUAUCUUUUAUGUCCUCCAGAUAAAACAACCGAUUAACAGAUGUUAAAACCUUUUUAUGUAUUGACUGGCUUUUUAAAAAUGGCCUACACAGUAGCUUAGGUCAAGAAGGCACAUUGGAGGAAUUUGGGGAUAAAACUCUGGAGAAGAUGUUUGAUCACACACAAAAAUUACAUUGACAGAACACCAAGCAUCCUGAGGAUGACCUGAAAAUUCUUUGUGCUCUGUUAAAAAAAACC